AUGUCUGGGAAUGAAUCUUUGGCAGCUUCUAGACGCUUGAAUAUUUUACUUAAUCAUCUUAAUAAUGAAGAGGAUAAUAAUCCCAAAGAAUGGCGGACUUUAUCGCCAAGUCAAUGUCUAACAGUCUGUACAAAUAGGGACAGAAAAUGGAACGGAUACGGUUAUAAAGACACUGUUUUUAAAUUUGAUGAACGUGGAACUGCCUUUUCAACGGGAAACCGCUAUUCAAAUUUUA